CCAUGCUGUGUGGGCGUGCAUGUAUGUGUGCGUGUGCGGAGUUCCAAAAACAACAUGGAGAAUAAUAUUUUUGUUUACAGCUCGCAAAUACAACACUGAAACAGGAAUAAAAUGGAUGCAGAUACAGACGACGAUAUUCCCAGCUCCAGCGCACACAGUAUGCAAUUGCGUGAAAUAAGGAAGACACUAUUAGAGGUCGCUGCAAGCCGACCAGGCACAAAUGUGUCCAAAGCUAUUGUAGCAUUCCAUGAACAUGGCACGCUGUCGAACUUGAUUGUUUUGCUGGAGGAGCUAUCAAAAAACACAGAUUUCUCAACAGAUACGCGCAUCUCGCUAAACUAUUAUAUGGAUGAGUUCGUACGCCUUGCGCACGAUGCGAGAGUGUCCCGUCGUUCGUCACUUGCUGCUGCUGGCAAUGUUUUCCAGUACUGCAGUAAAAUAUAUGGCGAUAGAAUUGAGUUCGUGCACCAGGUGGUUGAGCAGCUGGUCGAAUCACUAAUUAUGUCCGAUCCCAAAAAGGAUGAAACUAAUGCGGCUAACGCCGCCAGGGAAGCGCAACCUGCAGUGGAAGCACCACGCAAGCGCCGAUCAAAGAAGUUGGCUCAAAAAGAAUUCGAUCCAUUCACAUAUCAAAUGGAAGUUAAAAAAUUUAAAACCAUGCAUGAUGAAAAGCGUUUUAACCAACUGGGCUUUGAGUUAAAUCUAAAUCGCAAUCGCACCGUUGAGCACAUGUAUCAGGAUCACACGCCAGCAGAUCUAUGGAAGUAUGCGCCGAUUAUUGAUUCAGAUAAUCCUUCUGAGGUGGACGAGAAGAAGAACUAUAAAUUGUUUACCUACCAUCCAGAGCCGAGAUACAACACACUGUUGCCGGACAUUCCGUUCGAGCGCUUGAAUCUCAUGAAGGAAUUUAUGCAAGCGAAGCAAUUGAAUGAAAACUUAAGCCAUACAGAGUCUUUGGAUGAGUAUAUAGCAUUGGAGAAUCAAAUGCUUGCUGAGCGUUAUGGCGCUAAAGAUUGCGCGGGUCUAAAACGAGUAUUGGAUAAAAUGGACACCAGCGAGCUCCUAAAACGCAUGCGUCUAAAUGAAGAUCUUUCGGAGAAUCUGCUGAAACGUACGCUGGAAGAGAGUGCAAGCGAAAAAGACGUUAACAAAAAAAUUCGGCUAAACUCGUCGCAUUCAGUGCACGAUGAAUCGCAAGAUGAUUGGACAAUAAAUAUUAUCAGCGGUACAACGCUAACAACUAGUCCACUGCAGACAGGGUUUGACAGCACGCUGAGCGAUAAGCAGGACACGCUGGGAAAGACUAUCGACUCUGACAUUGAUAUGAUGAAUGCAAGCGAUACGCUGCAGGAUACUCAAAUGGAAUCUGCGCUAUGUAGCACGUUGAGCGACAAACAGGACACAGCAGCAUUGGUUAUCGAUUCGGGAAUAGACAUGGAGGACGUAAGCGAAAUGCUGCACUCAGGCCAGUGUUUUGAUGACGAGGGUGUUGUUCUUGCAGAUACCUUAAACGAUCAGCGUCUACAAUCGCUAUCGCCCAAGGUUAUGGUGCGGGACAUCUUGCCAGGAGUGCCCGACAAGGCUAAUCUGAGCGUGCGCGUUGAUGCCGAAAUGCUCGCACUUAGUGGGCUCACAGAGACAUUUGAAGAAAUAGUACAUGCUCCGCGUGAUGUGCAGGUUCCCAUUACAUUAAACUUUUUGCAGUUGCCAAUUAAACAACUGCGUAAAGUAUACCUCUUCAGGUUAACCAAGGAUUUUGAUUUGUUCAAACAAGCGCGCCAACCUACAAAGCAAGCGGCUACUCCAAAAGUAGCGAGGGUGAAACCAACACCUCUGCGUGCUGAAUCCCCCCUUGAAGGGAUUUCACUGCUGCCACUGGAUCAGAUGGAGUUUGACUCUUAUCAAAACUUUCGUGGCUGGAGGCGUCCCACGUAUGACUCUGGUAUCGAUCAGGAAGAGAUAAGAGCUGACUCGACAAAUCCCCUAGGGGAAGAUGAUAUUAUUGAUGUAGGCGUGGAGUUUGUUAAGCAUGAAAUUCAACAAGCACGCGUACUGGAGAGCACAAAUAUAAGCACGUCAUUGGAUGAAAUUGAUACGAGUGCGGCAGCUAUAGAUAAAACAGGUUUAGAGUCCAGCGCUUUAGACGUAAUAGAUACUACUGAUAUUACGCUUGAUUUACCAUUGGAAGAUGAUGCGCCGGAACCUAGUGUUUCUGACUUGAAUCAGAGUAAUCUGAGUUUGCCAGCAACACCCGAUUUUGACUUAGAUUCAACACCAGCUAUAACAAAAAGCUCCAGUGGUUUAGAUGCAAAUACUGAAGCUAAGAUUAUUGAUUGGCAUCGUCGACUUGGACCCACUUUGGCAGCCGCGCACAAGCGUCAGAAUUUUAAUAUUCAAAGUCUUAACGAUGAGAUCAUUGAAAAAUGCCAGAUUGGCAAUGGCCAGACAACGCUGUCGGAUGUAAUGGAAGGAAAAGAACCAAGCAAACUUUGUUGUUAUAUGCUAUCUUCAUUACUUCUGACAAACCAAGGCAAUGUGGCGCUUCAGCUUGAUAAGCACCGGGAUAGAAGCAGGCCUACAGAGCCUGAGGACCUUAAAAUGAAAUUGCUCAGCACUGAGCGAAGAACUCUCAAUCCAGAAGAUGAUAUUGGCAAUGUGAACAGAUCGCCAUUCAAUGGAGCGACGAAUUUACAAACCGUGGACAAUACAAGGAGACGCAAACUCGAAUCUAUAACUCCAAUUAAGGUGAAAUCAGUGCGGCUUAUACAACCAGUGCCCACGUCAUACCCACGUGCAGAUGACACUGACUCCGGCAUAUCAUCGGUGGCGUCUGCGCCGUAAACUGAGACGUAGUUUGUGCAGCAAUAGCUGCUGUAGAAUGUUUUCCGUGUGUGCCUCGUCUCGUUAGUGAUGUGUUUAAACAGUUUUUAAGUGCUUCAAGUUUCGAGUUCAUUGUUUGUACGUUUACUGUAAAUAGGAGUAGUUUUAAUUGUAAAUAUUUUAUGUUUAUGCACACAUUUUAAACUUACCUAAUAUUAUUCCUUGCAGCCAUGGAAGCCUUGCCGUGAUCUGCAUUUUUCGCAGACGUACAACAAAGUUAGAAGGUUGCAAUGGUCGUGCAACUGACAAUCAUAAAAAUUC